AUGUUCUACAACUGGGACGAGUCGCGCUUUCAGGAAAUGCAAGCACACUGUCUACUUAUCUAUCCAUCUGUCUAUCAAAUGGUUCGGGUGAUGGUCUUGGGUGGAUACGGCGGCACCGGUCGGCCAGUGUCCCGUCGCCUUAUGGAGCAGCUCCCGUGCGAAGUCGUGGUCGCCGGCCGGGAUCUGCGACGUGCCCAGGCCUUUGCCGAGGCGCUGGCGGAGGAGUUCCCGGGCCGGGAUGUCACGGGAGCGCGCGUGGACGCCAGGGAUGCGGCGUCUCUGAAGGCGGCACUCCAAUCCAUCGAUCUGCUCAUUGUCACGACCACCACCCCAGAUGCGAUCCCAUCCAUCGUGCAAGCUGCCCUUGCGACCAACACAGACACCAUCGACGUCAUGUUCAAAGCAGAUGUGUACGACCGCCUCGCAGAGAUGCGAUCUGAGAUUCUUUCAUCUGGGCACCGGGUCAUAACCCAGGCGGGAUGUCACCCGGGCCUCGUGGCACCCCUGGUGAAAUAUGCAUCGCAAAGUCUUGCCCAGGUGCACUCUGCACGUGUCUUCAUGGCUUUUGGCUCAUUCUUUGAUAGCCCUUCCUCAGCUCGAGAGCUCAUCGAGGAAUGUACCAUCUCCUCAGCUCGUGUGCUCGAGGGCGGCACCUGGCGGGAUGCGACCUACAAGGACUCUGCUCAAUGCAGCUUCGGAGGCACUUUCGGCAAUCUGGAGUGCUACCCCCUCCGCAUGCUGGAGCUUGAGGCUCUAGAAGUUGCAAGUCUCGGCCUCCGAGAUGCUGCGUCUUAUGCUGCAGGCUUCAACUGGUUUGUGGACUACUUGGUGCUGCCUUCGGCCAUGGUGCUUGGGCGACGAAGCGUGGACUGUCUCACAGGGAUCUUCAACUGGGCUGUGCGCUUCUUCGGUGCCCGUGGUGACGGUGUGGUCUUCCGUGCAGAGCUGGAGGGCACUUCCCAGAAAGGGCAAAGCCGACGUCACUCCGUCACCAUCACAAGCCCCGAUGCCUACGAUUUCACCGCCGUGGCCGUGGUCUCGUGUGUGGCGCAGAUCUUAGAUGGCUCGAUCAUCCCCCCGGGGCUCCACCUCAUGGGUUCGGUCGUGGACCCAGACCGCACCUUAAGGGAUGUCCAGCGCAUGGGCGCCACCCUGUCUUGGGAAGACUGUGAGAAGCCACCCCCAAAAUAA